AUGUACAACGCCUUCAACCAAAGACAGUCAGCGGGUUCAUAGCGCGACCCUACGCAAUCUAUGGCUCUUCGCUGCAUUCAAUGCAGUCGACUAUCGAUCGUCCUGCCUCGACCGUUCGCCUCCACAAUCCACGUUAUCCGAGGCGUUGUUGUUCUGUCACAGGUAGGUCAGCUCUUGCGCACUUGAGUCCCUACUUCAUCCUUCUCAAAUGCCCAGAAGCCGCAUUGGGCGCGCGUAUGCGCGCGCGUCAAUCCAACGGCUCUUGGUCUCGCGUCGUGUCGUGUAAAUUGGGUCUGCUCUUUCGCACGGGAGCUCAGAGCUGAGUGGAGUGGUCGUCCACCAGCGAUGUCACCGCGCUGAUCGUGCUCGCCCUUUUAUAGCGCUGCCCUCCAGUCUCAGCUUCUGUCUUCGUGACCCUUCUCAACACACUGAGCCAGCUCAUCAUCACCGAUCUCCUCUGACAGAUACAAAGCAGCUGGGCAGUGGUGAGUGCCAUUCAACAGCUGAGCCAAUCCUUCGCCAUACAGUCGCCGCGCCAUCGACAACACCCACUCUCAAAUCAACACCUCUGUCGCCAUCGCCGCGCCUCAGCGAGGGUCGACCCCGGCUUCGCCGGGUCCGAGACGCUGCUCGGUGUGGGCGCGCACUCGUCACUGACUUCACUUCCUCAUCAGUCUUCCUCAUCAGUGCCAUCAUGAGCUCAGGUCGUCGUCACUUGAUUGGACAACAUGGCCACCGUCACGCGGACCAUGAAGGGAAGUCGAUCAAGCCGCCCCUGCCGCGCGCCCACAACGAAUCAUCACCCUCGCUUGUACCGCUAACGACUGCACCUCCCCCUAAGACCGUUCGAUCGACCGAUUCAGACACGACCUUGUUCACAGAAUCAGGAUCUGGAUCAUCGUCGCACACACGCCGAGUGGUGCCUCCCGUGGGAUCUAUUGGUCGCCUGCGCCACAUCUACUCCCUGCAAUCUCUUUCGUCACGAACCUCUACGGACGACACGCCUGCCAGCGUACCCUUUCCUCCACCGCCCGGGCAAGAGCAUCGCCGUUCAACGACCAACUCACAGACGAAUCGCAUCAAGACCUCGCACGUGCGAUCCACGGGCGAAGCAACGCCACUACAAGCACCAAACUAUUCCAGCUUAUGGCAAGAUUGCUGUGCCACGCCUUUCGAAAGUUUUCCCACCUACUUUGAUCACGUCAGCAACACCGAGCGCGGCCCUCAUUCAUCUACCCCCUUGUCAUCGAAAGACGCACCAGACGACGGGUACCUGCAUCAGCUUCACGCAUACUCGUUCGACGCAUCUCAGUCUGCACCAUUCAGCCCGUCUGUGGAGUCGACAGCAUCUCCUUCCAUCGAUGGGGACUUCACCACUGAAGCAUCUACCACUGCAUGGCGCGCACCGGCCCGCAUUCGUGUCAUCACACCGACUGGCACCGUCCAGGAGACUAGUCCCCGAGCCGGACGACCUUUGGCAUCAUUCGUUCACCAUCCAAGCCUCGAUGCCUUAGCUCACGCGGGUCACCAAGCUCCGCCAGUGUCGCCACGUCAGCGCCACCAGUAUGACGUGGCAUCCAAUCUCGACAAUCUCGGCAAUCCGAUGCAAGAUGAUCGUCCGGCUUCUCCCUACCGACCCGGCACGCCUUUGCCUCCAGAGCUCUUCGAACGACGUCCGACAGGUACUGCUGACCGUCUUUGUCCUCUGGAGCGCCCGGAACCUGGCAAGCUCGUGUCCUACUACCGCGUUGUGCCCCAUCCGAGCAUUCCUGGUGACGAGGUGUUGGUGUGGCACGGUUCGGAUCUUUCACCAUACAAUUCUUCGACGGGUGCUCCACCAUCGAGCGCAACGGAGCUUGCGCGUACUUUCGGGGUGGAUGAACUUGUCGACCUCUUGAGCAGCUCUCACCGACCAGCCGCCCCGAUAAAUCAAUCUCGUGAUAGGACUCAGACCGACGCGGCAUCCAUUUCAUCGGACGAGACUUGCUGGAGCCAGGAGAGUCACCCAGAUAAUCAUCUUCCUCCCUAUCAUUCUGCGAACCCCUCGGACCAUUUGGCCACCCAAUGUGAUGGACCCGCUCUAACCAUAUCUGAACCGGCCUCCAGUCGUGUGGGGCGCCGCACAGUCAGCUCCGAACAACCGGAUGAGCCGCAGCCAAAUGUCCGAUCUCUAUCGCACCAAGCGAGCGCCGAAUGGAAUCUCUUUGAUGAAGAAACGCCGAACACGGCGCCGCCGAGCGAGCGCUUCCCAGCGCCUAGCAAGCGCUUUCCUUGGUCAGCCGUGCCCACCAUCUUUGCAAACUUACCGUCGCCACCGCCCCCACAAGAUCCCGACAACUUGAUCAUGAAGCCUCGAACGCAGGAACCUCGCUUUCCUGAGGAUCUAUACACCCCUCGUUGGGUACGAGCUGGGCGCAAAAGCGUCGUCAAAGCCGAUUCUGGAACAAAAGAAGGUUGGUGUGGGCUCUGCACCCUCGAAGGCGGGCAAGGCGACCCCGCCGAAAAUGGAGGCAGCUGGCACAAUCUCCGAAACAGUAGGUGAGUGGCUUUGCUGAGCUACACGUGCUCUAUACCCUGCUGAAACACGCUGUACUUCUUCACUAGCUGGCGAUAUCACAUGCUUAGGUGAGUGGCAGGUUGCUCAGCGUCAGACCACCGGCCUUGGGUCAAGCAGCUCACGUGUGGUGCCUGGCCCACUUUUCACAGAGUGCAUGGCAUUGCGGCGCGCUCCGGCUGUCCGGUACGCGAGCCUGUCGAAUUGCACAGUGUGCCCGAAUUAGAGAAGAAGAUGCGAGGAAGAUGCUACUGUUGCAGGUAGGUGGCAUAGCGGCUUCGUCACGCUUCGCUCGUCUCAUAUCCCUCAUGUCUGGCAUCGUAUCCAGCCAGUGGAUCGUUUUCGACGCCACAUUUCCACCUACCAACUGGUAUGUGCACGCAGGUGAGCAUGCGUCGGUGCUUUCAAGACUCGUGCCACUACUGACGCGACGGUCUUCGAUUGUCAUUCAGGUCAGUGCCAUCCAGACCAGUCAGACGACCGCACCUUCGACGUCGAUGACAGCGUUGCGCUCGCCGACGAGGAGCAGCCGCUCGAUACGGUCAUGAAGAAGCUGAAACGCAACAAGCAGGCUACGUCGUCGCCGGUCUCGAAGACCAGAAGGCUCAAGUCAAUUUUCUUGCGACGUACCUCAACGAGCGCUGAAAGUAUUGCAAGCUCUUCAACUUCAGCUCAGACUCCACCAAGCGCGACGCCUCCUCCGAGCACUUGGCCAGCAGCUAUGCCUAGCAAGCAUGCCAUGAAUACUCGAGCUCGCCAAAAGUUGGGCCCAGUGGCAGAAGAACCUGCAAAUGCGCUUGUUCCGAGUGAGGACGACCACCAUGGCGGCAUUUCGAAGAUGGCGGAGCGCUGCGUCAACGAAGACCGCUUGAUGGUAUCGGCUCUCCAUGCACACGCGCACUACAGCGUGCCCACUAGGCUGGGCGAGUCAUCAUGGCGCCAAUACUCGCCUCUAGACUCUCAAGACGACUCCAUCCGUGAGCGACAAUGA